CAACCCGCUCCCACGCCCACGCCCUCACCACCACCGCUCGCUUUUUGCACCGUCAGACCCGCCUGUCUGUCUGGACGCCUACCAUGUCGCAAAAAGAUUCUUUUCUACAUCUCGCGCGGCCUCUAGGACCCGCCCCAGUUGGCACACAACCCUCGACAGCCCCGCUGAGCGUCGUGAUCCAACCCCCAGCCAUCUUCUCCAUCCUCGACCAUUCUCUCCGCCGCCCCUCAGACCAAGACCGCGUAAUCGGCACCCUCCUCGGCACCCGCAGUGAAGAUGGCACCGAAGUCGAGAUCCGUAACUGCUACGCCGUGCCCCACACCGAAACUGCCGAACAGGUCGAAGUAGACAUGGACUACCAAAAGCAAAUGCUGGCUCUCCAUCUGCGCGCGAAUCCACGAGAAGUCUUGGUAGGCUGGUACGCCACGAGUAACGAACUCAACACGUUCAGCGCACUUAUUCAGAAUUUCUACGGGCAGCAGGGCGAUGGUACGUGGCCGUACCCGGCGGUCCACUUGACGGUCAGUACGGUGCCGGGACAGGAGAUUGAGGCACGCACGUAUAUAUCCGCACCAAUUGGUGUCACGGCGGAGCGUGCAGCAGACAGUUGUUUAUUCAUUCCCGUACCAUAUGAAAUCAAGUACGGAGAGGCGGAGAAGUCUGGGUUGGAGCUUAUUUCUAGCGCUAAAGACCGCGAGGAUCGGAGUCAGGGGAUUAUCACGGAUUUGGAGAGUUUGGAGCGCGCUGUGCAGCAUGUGCUGGAUAUGUUGGAACGCGUCAGCAAUUAUGUGAAUAAUGUGCUGGAUGAGGAAGCGACGCCGAGUUCGGCCUUGGGCCAGUUCCUGAUGAAUGCGCUGAGUUUGGCGCCGAAGGUUGAUGCUGCAGAUAUUGAGAGAGAUUUCAACAACCACAUCCAAGACGUCCUUGUAGUAUCCUACCUCGCCAACACCAUCCGCAUACAAAUCGACCUAUCAAACCGUCUCGCCACCGCCGCCCUCACUCUCGGUACUGGAGACGCCUUGACCGGCGAAGGAGGCGGUGGGCAUCGUGAAGGAGGGGGUGACCGAGGGGGUAGAGGAGGUGGAAGAGGUGGAAAAGGGAGACAAGCUAGGACGGUUGAAGCUUGAACGGGAUUCUCUCCACAUUUGACGACGUAGGUGGGUGGAAGUGUUGGGAUGCGGGAACGAGGUUGCAUGAGAGAGACUAGAACGAGGGCAUGAGUGUUAUCAGAAGGUAAGAUGCGCUGCUCUUGGUGCGAGCAGGACAGUACCCCAGGCGGGAUGGGAUAAAAGGCGCGCCACGGGCAUAAAGAGAGAGAGAGUGCGCGUGACAUGAUUUUAGGCCCUGGAAAGGC